AUGGGCGCAUCGGAAAGCAAGCUUGCUUUCAAGCAGAGCGUCUUCCUGCUGGCUGGCGACGAGGACAUUUCACCCUUCGAUCCAUUGUGGGCGCAGUUCUAUACUCUUCCCGAAAGUGCAGAAGAUGUCUUCGCACUUUGGUCACCGAACGAUUUGCGAGCGCUCACCCGAAACACCGUUGACCUCCGACCUCCACUUCAUACCCAGAUCGCACCGAGAAAGAACCUUGAAACCCUCAUUUACACAACGAUCGCACGACUACAGGCGUUUCAGCGUCCUCAGGACUCCGACAAUGCGCAACUCACGCCUGUUGCCGAGAUUCUCAAUUGCAUGCGAAUUCUAACGCGCCUGCUACCAUACCUGUACGAAGCAGAUCAUUUGAAAGACUGGCAGCAAGACUUCUUCUGGAAGCCGCGCCGGCCCACACGCGUUCUAGGUGGUACCGACGGCAGAACACCGAUAUACUUCGAUGGGUUAGAUCCGCGCAAAAAGUUCCAGCGGGACGAGAUCGAGCAGGCUAUCGGCACACCCAUCGGCGAAACACUUCUUGAGCUUAUCAUCGAUUACCUCUUCUUUCCAGGCUUUGCCAUCCCUCGAAGAGUGCGGGAAGAUGGCACCCUGGAUACUGAGAUCGUGGUGAAGGUCUGGCAGAGUGGAAUAGGGAGUAAUAAGAGCUUGAAUUGCACGAAGGAACACGAGAAACAUCAGAUGGAGACAUUGCGGCUCCUAAUUGCGCUUUCCAGCAAACCGAUGUAUACUCAGACCAGUGCCGUGGCGACUUGCGAUGUGGAACCUCUCACAUGGAUGACAACCCGGCUGGAAAGCAGAGUGACCAACGGCAUAGUAUGCUCUUUGCUGAACACAGUUCUGAAGUACAAUCCGAAUGCAUGGAAUAUUCCCAUCGAUCUCACGACCAAAAUAAGUGAUCCCAAGAAGCUACUAGUAAUGUACGCGCUGCAGCUCCUGCUCCUGCUCGUAACAUAUCAGGCGCCGCUCAACGAUAAGCGCAACCAGUUUCGCCAUGCCCUGAGCAUGUUGCACCGCGCAGACGAUUUCCAAUUCAUCCAGCAGGGACUGAGCCAAGUGCUGGCGCAUCCGAUACGAUCUACGUCUGCCAACUUGAGCUAUUUUCAAAACAAGGACAAAGCGCUUCCUUGGGCUCCGGAAAUGCUGAGCUUACUAUGGGAGCUCAUGCAAUGCAAUAGACGAUUCCGCAGGUAUUUGAACGACACAGGGGGUGCCCUUGAUUAUGUCAUACUUCUCCUCUUCUACGCUCUGGACGCAAAGGAUCAUUCCACAAGGCACGGUACUUUGAGAUUGAGUAUAUUCGCCCUGCAAACGCUCAGCGUCGAGGCCCCAUUCGCCACCAAGCUGAACACUCCUUUCGCGCACUCCGAGACUCUGCCAGCUGUUAUGCGUAUUCCCAACUUCCAUGGCUCAUAUGGAGACUUCUUGAUCUGCUCGAUACAUACGAUAUUCACCACGCCGAAAGGUCGACUCGAAGCAGUGUAUCCAGCAUUGUUGAGUAUCAUCAGUAAUAUCGCACCAUACCAGCGAGGUCUCGCGCGUGCUACAAGUUCCAAAAUGAUCGAUCUAUUUACUCUCCUUUCCUCGCCAAGCUUCCUACUUGCCAGUGAGAACAAUCACACUCUGGUCAUGAAAUUGCUCGAUGCGAUCAAUGGCAUCCUCGACAACACGGUGAAAGAUAAUCCGCGUUUCGUCGAAGUUCUUGUCGGCAGUCGAGCUCGCUUCAAGGCACUUAGAACACUCACAAUUGAAGGCGCGCUUGCGGAGCUCAACCGUCAAGGACAGGAGCGCAAAGAUCGCGGCCUUGACGGUGGAAAUGGCCAGAGCUACUCACGUGGACCCUCGAUGGACAGCGUAAGAAGUCCUAGCGCAUUAAGAACACCGACACUGGAAGAGGUCCCAGAAGACGAGCGAUUCGACAUCGGUGACGAUGAUGGUGACGAAAUUGAAGGCGUCGACAAUGAUAUGCACAACGGUACACCACAUCUCGACGAGUCUGCUGAUCAGCUGCACCAGAUGAGCGAGAAAGCACGUGGCAAACAGCCUGCUUCACGAGUCAUGGCAUUAUCGCGGACCACGUCGGCAAGCAGUCUGCCGACAGUCUCGACAAUAACAUCACAACCAUUCCGCCCAUCGCAGGAAUGGUUAGAAAGUUGGUAUGAAACAUUGCCAUUGUCUACGGUCUUCAAGACGAUAAACGAGGCGAAAAUCGGGGGUGGGAUUCCUGAAAAAACAACGAGGUCGAUUGACCAGGCUAUGCAUGCACAUAAUGAUGGGAAGUUCACUCCAGGUGCGAACAUUGAGCUCACCAAUACAGCUCCAGUGACUGCUGAGCCUCCGAGCAACUUCGAGUGGAGCUCUGUUGCCCGGGUUUGGUACAUGUCAGAGCUGUGGGGUAGAAUCUAUAUCCAAGAAGCCGAAGUCUCGCAGGGUAUCGGCGGCCUCUACAGCGGGACCAACAUCGUCUUGUUCAAGCGCUCGUCCUCUACCCAGGAGAUCUCUCUUCGAAGCCCCAAGGGAGCGAUCGAUGCGGUCGGAAACUCCCUUGCCCAGCGCAUCAGUAACAUCUCACUAAAACGGGAAUAA